AGACAAUCUGUUAUAGGAAAGAGUUGUCCAGCCGCAUUGACCCGGGCCUGAGAGUGAAGGAGCUUGGGGGAUUAUACAUCAAUUUUGAUGGCAGCAAAUCAAAGACUGUCUCUAACUCCCUGAAAAAACUAAAGGAACAGAAGAGCCAAGAUGAGUUGAUGAAGAAAAGUGUUAUUGGCCCAGAACUUGAGAAGAGAGAUGCUGUGCCUCCAUACAGGGAGUCCAAACAGGCUGCGAAACUGAAGCGCAAAGAGGAGAGGGAGAAGACAACUGGAGCCGGCUGGUUUAACAUGCGGGCUCCUGAAAUGACAGAGGAAUUAAAGGGCGACCUCAAAGCACUGAAAAUGCGUGGAGCAAUGGACCCCAAGCGGUUUUAUAAGAACGAUAGAGAUGGAUUCCCCAAGUAUUUCCAGGUUGCUACAGUAGUAGAUAGCCCUGUGGACUUCUAUCAUUCCCGUGUCCCGGAGAAAGACCGGAAGAGAACCAUGGUGGAGGAGUUGCUUGCUGAUGCAGAGUUCAGACAAACCAACAAGAAGAAAUACCAACAGAUCAUGACAGAAAAAGCAGCCAUUGGUGCUGGCAAGAAGAAUAAGUUCAGAAAGUGAGUGACUGAGUAAUGUUUGUAUACAAUGCAGUCAUGGCUGUAUUGAGACCAUUAUAUGUUAAUGCCUGAUUGAAACCUGUUAAACACAUACAGUACCAUUUUUAAAGUGUCUGAGUGUCGAUGCAUCUAUUAAAUGUUUUAUAAACAUGAA